GCAGAGGAGCCGGAGGUCGCUGGUUGCAUGUAUAUGUUCUUUUUAUAGCUCACCCGCCUGGAGGAAGAAAGACUACAACACACACGAUGAAAAAGUCAAGCCACCAUUCUCAUAGAUAGAAGAAAGGAAACGAGGAUAGCGUUUGUCUUUGUUGGGGCUUUAAUUCAUAUGCUGAUGUGAGAAAGGAAUUGAAGGUCACCAUUGUGCGUUAUCUCUCUUAUAGUUAAUGAUUAGUUAGUGUAAACACACUGAUCAGCUGGAAGAUAUGAGGAGAAUUCUUCGCAAGGUGACACCUACAGAUAGUGAUUGCAAAAUAAUUGACAUGCUAUGAGGGGCAAAAGUUGUGUAAUAUCCACAUGCCAUACACACAGGCUGUAAACUCCCACAAAGCGGUGUGUUAUAAAAAGAGAAGGGUCAAUGUUACUUCAACACAUACAUCAAGAGUUCAUCCAAGGAGCCUGAGUGGGUUCCUCUGCCUGCAAGUGUGAAAAUGGUGAAUUACAAAGUGACCGUAUUCACCACCGACGUGCCAAACGCCGCCACUUUAAACAACGUCUUCAUCAAGCUGGUGGGCACCGAUGGGGAGAGUGGACGCACCGAGCUCAAUAGAUAUAAAGGAGCGUUAUCUUUCAUCAGAGGAGCAAACCCUAGAUUCACCGUGUCCUGCCCCGUCUCUAUUGGAUCGCUGGUUCUGAUAGAGCUUGAUAAGCAGCAUCCCAGGAUCUUGCCUGAAGAUGAUUGGUUCCCUGCCAAGGUGGAAGUGAAGUCCCCCGAGGGUCAAACCUACAUGUUUCCCAUCCAUCGCUGGAUCGCUGACAGUAAGGUGCACCGCUUCAGGGAGGCAAAAGCUCUGAGAGUCUUCGAGGAUGACAACGAUCUAGGCAGAUACAGUCGGAUGCAGGAGCUGAAGCAGCGAGAGGAAGACUACCGCUGGGAUGUGUAUCUGGAGGGAAUAACCCACUGCAUGAAGGCAAAGGACCCUUUUUCUCUCCCUUAUGAGGUCCGGUUCUCCUUCACUAAGGCUUCAGAGUUUAUCUACACAGGAGGGACUGGGCUGCUCGAGUUGCAGCUGAAGGGAUUAUCUGAUUCCCGGAAGAAUUGGCCUGAUAUUGAUUCCAUCAAGCGUGUGUUCUGGUUGAAACACACUGACAUAUCAGAUUAUGUCCGGGAUAAUUGGAAGGAAGAUGAUUUCUUUGGCUACCAGUUUCUAAACGGGGUCAACCCCAUGAUGAUCCGACGUUGUUCAGCCCUGCCUGAGAACUUUCCUGUCACAGAGGACAUGGUCUCCCUCGGGGGUCAGAGCUUGGCAGAUGAAAUGAAGAAAGGAAACCUAUUCCUGUGUGACUACAAGCUUUUGGAUGGAGUGAAACCAAACGUCAUCAACGGGAAGAAGCAGUACUUGAUGGCUCCCCUGGUCCUGCUUCGAAAAACAAGCCAUGAUAAACUGUUGCCAAUUGCUAUUCAGCUGAAGCAAAGUCCCGCAGAAGAUAAUCCCAUCUUCCUUCCCACUGACGGGUUUGACUGGUUGUUGGCCAAAGUCUUUGUGAGAAGUGCCGAUUUCAACGAGCAUCAACUCGGGACUCACCUGCUGCGCACUCAUUUGCUGGCUGAAGUGUUCGCCGUGUCCCUGCUGCGCAACGUGCCCAUGGUGCAUCCGCUGUACAAGCUCCUUGUACCUUACACUCGCUACACUAUACAGAUCAACUACCUCGCUCGAAACCUUCUAAUAUCUGAGUCUGGAGUUUUUCCAAAGAUUGCGGCUUCUGGGGGAGACGAUAUGAAGACCCUCCUGAAGAGAUUGUGGUCUUCAGUGACCUACAGCUCCCUCUGCAUUCCAGACGACAUCGCUGAGCGUGGGCUGGAGGACGUGCCCAACUUCUACUACAGAGAUGAUGGACUCAAGCUUUGGGGUAUCAUCCACAGGUUUGUGAACGACGUGCUGAGCUUCUACUACAAGAAUGAUGCUGAGGUCCAGAAGGACUCUGAGCUGCAGAAGUGGAUUUCAGACAUCUUUGAACAUGGAUUCCUUUCCCAAACCCAAACAGGUAUUCCCCAGAGUUUUACCACCGUGGCUGAAUUGGUGAAGUUUGUCACCAUGGUGAUCUUCACUUGCUCAGGACAGCACUCGGCGGUGAACAGUGGACAGUUUGACUACGGCGGCUGGAUGCCCAACACUCCCAGCUCCCUACAACAACCUCCGCCCACCACAAAGGGGACAACAAGCGAGGCCACGCUGCUGCAGACAUUACCUGAUAUCAACACGACGGUUACGGGAAUGUCUACCUUGUGGCUGCUCAGCAAGCAGUCCACUGACAUUGUCACUCUUGGCCAGUACCCAGAGCAACACUUUGGAGAGAAACAACCCUGCGAGCUGAUAAAGCGCUUUGAAGCAGAGCUUAAAGUGCUAACAGCUGAGAUCAAAGCCAGAAACGUGGCUCUCAAGGUCCCCUACAGAUACCUGGAUCCACUGGUAGUGGAAAAUAGUGUGAGCCUUUGAAUAUCAGGUGUGACCUCCUGGGGAUAGGGAAGGGAAGAACUGCAUGUUCUGUCUUUUCGUGGAAUGAAACGUGCAUGUGUUUGUUGUAUGCUGAUCGAUUUAACUUCUGACUUUACUGUUUUGUAUCAUCUUACAUUUUCUUGGUUCUUCAAUGAAUAAUAAACAUUUAUGUUCAUAAGCAA